AUGUUUGCAGAUGGUUAUGGUCCUUGGGGACAUCGUGGACGUUCUUGUAUUAAAAUUGAUGUAAAUCUACGUUCUUUAAAGGAUCAUGAAGUGCAGAAUGCUAUUACUGUACGCAAACUAGGAGAUUACUUUGAUUUUGGAGUCGUAAUAGCGUCUUACUCGACAGAGACGGCACUAAUUGCGGGUUUUGACGAUCGUACAGCUUGUAGCUGGAAUUAUUCCAACAAACACAAUGUAGAGGGUGUACUACAGGGCAAUUUCUAUACAAUAGCGAGUAAUCAAAUGUUACAAGUGAAUGCAACGUUUUACCCACGAGAUCAUGGAUUGCAGACGGUAUUAGUGAUGACUUGUUGGAAGCAAAAGAAUGCAGCAUUUGGAUAUCUUGUUAGUGCCGAUGAAUUUGUGACAUAUCCAAUGAUGGAUCCACUGUUACAUUUGGAUGCACCGAUUGGUUUUCAAAAUCCAUACGGAUAUUUACCGGGAUUAUUGUAUGGACUGUUCCCGUUCAAUGGCGUUUUAUCACUCAUGUAUAUUGUAUUGGGAAUAUACUUUCUGGCUUUGAUUACUCGCCAUCGUCAGAGGGUUGUCGCGGUGCACUAUUUCUUGCUUGUGGUGCUGCUACUUGCAACUAGUGAAUCGGUAGCAUGGUUUGUCACGUACAAGUUGCUGAAUGAUUCAGGUGUACCAGCAUGUUGCCCCUACCCGGACUCGGUGUUGUUUUCCACGUUUAUAAAGGUUUUGGCGGGUAUGACUGCACGCAUUGCUACCACGUUAGUUAGUCUUGGCUACGGGACUUCCCGAAUGCAGAUUUCCUGGCCCGAGGUUUUUGUGGUUUCUGGAUUGGGUAUAUGCUACUUUGUCUCAGUGGGGGCGUUGGAGGUAAGCCAUAUUGCUAAUCAGUCUGACGGUGAUGCUCGACCUCCUGCUAUCUGA